AUGGCAAGAUAUAACAAAUUCGCUUCACGCGCCGAAGAGGCGUCGACAACGGGUGCUGACACGGAUACGGCCAGAUUGAUAAUGAAGGAGUUUUUCAAUGUUGACGAUAGUCAGCUUCUUCAGGACACUGUGGCGCAUGUCGACGAUCUGAGAAAAGUGGACAAAGCUAUCCCGAAGGCAUUCGAUGUUCGACAAGCGUGGCCACAAUGCUGGGCUGUACAUCAAAUAUUCAAUCAAGCCGGUUGCGGUUCAUGCUGGGUUUGUUCUCGUAGUGUUCAGAAGCGACAGGACUGUAAAGAUCAAAUGCUUCAGUCUGUCGCCGCCACUUCAGUGAUGUCGGAUCGGGUAUGCAUUAGCUCAAAUGGUACCGUCCAAACACAAAUUAGCGCAUUGGAUCUUACCUCAUGUUGUUUGUCUUGUGGAGGAUGUCAAGGGACACACUGGGCCUUGUCCGCGUUCACAUAUUGGAAGGAGCAUGGUAUUGUUUCAGGUGGCGCAUUCGGCUCACACGAAGGGUGUCGACCUUAUACAUUUGAGCCCAGCUGUGGAGCGCCUUGCGGGUCAUCCUUGUACCGAAAGGAACGUACACCUCGAUGCGAGCGACAGUGUCAAAGCCUUUUCUAUAGAACUUACGACCAAGAUUUAGUACAAGCUCGAAAAGCCUACUGGUUGAGAGCUGUAAAUGGUUAUGCGGAAUAUGCUCCCGUUGUGAAAGCCACAUUACAAAGGCUUGUCGAUGGGAACAUCACCAAGAUUCUACAAAAAGAGUUGAUGACAUAUGGACCAGUGCUUGCUUGUUUCACACUACGGGAAGAUUUUCAGCAUUAUAUGUCUGGUAUCUACAAAACUGAUGAAGUCCGAUCUGAACACCUAUAUGGACACUGCGCAAAACUGAUUGGGUGGGGGGAAGAUAAAGGAAUGAAAUUUUGGCUCUACGCCAACACGUGGGGUCGCGACUGGGGUGAAAAUGGAUUUUUCCGAGUUGAUAUGGACGAAGUUCCGGAAGAAGUUGUUGCAGGCAUUAUGUGA